UAUAAAUCUCACUUACAAUUGUUAUCGUUAGUUUGAUUUUGCAAUCACACUCACAUACGAUUCUACGAGUAUACCUAAUUGCCACCUUUUUAGAACUUAACAUUUCCGUCACAUUUACCAAAUCGUUGGAAAUUUAUACUGAUAUCGAAUUUUUAUUGAAUCAUAUUCCGCCAUCACCAGUACCGACCUUAUGAAUUCAGCGAUGUGACGAAAUGUUUCAGGAUACACCGUACUGCGCCGACAGUGCUGGCGCUCAGUGCGCUCUGCUGUGGGCCGGGUGUCUUCUUGCAGUUUUGCUAACUGGAAAAUAGGCACGGCGUAUCCUUUCGGCUUCAGUUUUUCAGGCAGAAAACAAGAUAAUACGAUUAGUACUCGUAUUAACUAUUAAGUAUAAACACUGCAUGCACUCUUCAAACCAAGCCGCCUUAAAAAUUCGGAAAAGUCUCGGAACUUUAGCUCUUCCGUGUCCCCGCACUAUGAUUUUCUUAAUUUCGAAGAGGGUUUGUAAUAAUGUACUACGCAAAAGUACUGUAAAUGUGUGAAAAUGAUGGUGACCUACCGUUGGAUGUCAUCACUCUCGGAAGGGCGGCUGCCAUGGUGACAGUUGGACAGACAUGAGUUUUUGUCUGCUUUCUCAGCAGAUCCCUUUUCUUUUCUAUGUCUAGCCUCCCAGAAAUGAGUUUCUGCAUUCAGUAAUAUGAUCCAUAAUACUGCACAGUUAUAGUAAGUUCUUGAUACAAGUAUUAUCAUUUUUAAUAAUUUUGAAGUCAAAGCCACAGUGCCUUUAAACCUUUACGAACAAACGCAGUCCCUAGGAGGCUGGCUUACCACCUGAAUCCACCACCCUGGCGCGGCGUGUACAUUAUGCUAGGUCUUUGCAUGCUGCGUGAUAAAGAGUAAAGACCAUAAAGUGCCACUGUGCAGUUCUUCGUUUGCCCAACGAUGUCUUCAAAUGCAGUUUCCUCGUCCCCUAAGGCACCAGAGUGCCAAGAGUCUGGCUGUGACUUCAUGAAACUGCUGAAGCAGACAUUUGCGAGCGGAGAACUCAGCGAUGUGUGUUUCGCAGUGGGACGCGACUUUGGUAAUGCACAGAACUUUCCCGCACACAAACUUAUCUUGAGCAUCCGCAGCGCAGUGUUUCGAACGAUGUUCUACGGAAGCCUGCCAGAAAACUGUGACAAGGCUAUCAGCAUUCCCGAUAUUCAUCCAGAUGCGUUUGCCAAUAUGCUCAGUUUCGUGUACACGGAAGCAGUUGAGAAUCUCACGUCUGACAACGUUUUCGCCACCAUGAGCUGUGCGGACAAAUACGAUCUACCGCAGCUGGUGCGGAUUUGUUCUGACUUCAUCGGGAGCCAUUUAAAUGCCGAGACCUGCCUAGCCACUUUGCAACAGGCUGUUUCUUGGCAUGCUGACAGCAUCGUGGAGAAAUGCAUGGGUGUCCUGGAGGCGAACACUGUGGCGAUUCUGCAGUCGGAUCAAUUCACCGCCAUCUCACAGGAUACAUUGAAAAGCAUAUUACAGAGCGACACACUGUCUGCGAAGGAGCACGCUGUCUACUUAGCCGUUGAACGGUGGGCAUCAGCAGCCUGUGCGCGCAACGCUCUGGAUGCGCUAAUCGUCGCCAGGUACUGGGUGACGCUUUGUUUCUUGUACGCUUUCCGCUCUUGACUGGCGCCCAACUGGCUGAUGGUCCCUGUAAGAGCGGUCUGCUAACUGAGCUGGAGCUGUGGAGCCUGUUCAUGUAUCAGAAUGCCGCGGUGAAGCCACCAAAUCUAGCGUUUCCGACGGAGCGCCGAACAGGAGUCGGUAAAGCCUUUGCGGUGGGAGACGCAGUGUUUGUGCUUCAGAAUAGCACGUGGUGGAUUCCAGCCACCAUAAAUCAGGUCCAGUCGGAACGUAUUUCGUUUACUUGUUAUAAUAACGGCGGCGAGAAAAAUUAUGCAAGGGCAGACCAGGUAAUUGCUGUUAAGGACAUUCUGAAGACAGGCCAGGUGGUGUAUGUGCGUUCGGCGGGGCAAUAUGGAAAAUACGACCAUGCAGUGGGGGAUGACCAUCGGAUUACUGUGAAUGGAAGUCUGGUUGUGGGAAUCACGGAUUUGCUGCUGCGGCAAGGUGAUGUAGUGUCAUGGAAGGCGAAGAAUAGGAAUUGAUGUUUACAAGUUGUGUUUAAAGUUUUAACUGUUUCUCCACGUUUUAUGACUGAAAGUUUGAUUUCCUUAGUUUCGUAUUUUGCAAAAAUCGUGACUUUUGUGUUCUGAUCGAGUUUAACAUUCCUAGUGUGUAAAUAACCGCUUUUUAAUAAAACUCUGCGCGCUUUUUGCAUGGCAUUUGCGUUAUUAGCGUUCUCAGUUGAAUCCCAGAUGCAUUGUGCAGUGCAGUCCAGAGCAAUG